CUGCAAAGCGCACCGCUACCUGACUUUGUAGAAUGAUGAUGUUGUGCUAGCAAAUCAACUGGAUCGUUUUGAUUAUAAACCUUUGUUGCUGUAUAUAUUCUAUUAUAUAUUUUUGUACACAGUUAAUUGAGUCUGUUCUUAGGUAUGAUUCCUUUAAAGCGACGGAAAGUGAUAUCUUCUGUCAUAAGGAACAGCAGCGGUGACAGCAAGUUCCCCGGGGUAGUCAUCUUCCUCCUGGGGAGAAAGAUGGGAGCGAGCCGGAGAGCCUUCCUCUCUCGGCUCGGCCGGGGAAAAGGAUUCAACAUACAAGACUCCUUCAGCCAAUCCAUCACUCACCUUAUUUCCGAGAAUAAUUCUUGGAAGGAGGUCUGGACCUGGCUGGACUCCCAGACUGGGGGACAAGGAAGAGAAGAAGGGGAAUGCCGGACAGCUGGACCUAGUUCAGUCCACCUCCUGGACAUAAUGUGGUACACUGAGAGCAUGCAGGUCAGCCGCCCAGUGGCCAUACUGGACCGACACAAACUUCAGGAGAGAGAUGAGCCUGGCACAGAGCUGGCGGUCGUGUCGUUACCCAGCUAUGCCUGUCAGAGACACACCCCUCUACUACACCACAACACAGUGCUGAUUGAUGCGUUGUCCAUUCUGGCUGAGAAUGCUGAGCUCAGUGAAAACGAGGGACGGGGCGUGGCUUUCCGGAGGGCGGGGGCCUUGCUGAAGUCUCUCCCACAGGAGAUCAGAAGAGUGGAGCAACUACGAGGACAGCCCUGUCUGGGGGAUCACUCACUCAGGGUUAUCAAGGAGGUUCUGGAAGAUGGUGUAUGUUGUGAAGUGGAGACCACAAAGGAGUCUAGACAGUUCAAGGCCAUGAAGGCCCUGACGGGAAUUUUUGGUGUGGGCGCGAAGACAGCCGACCGUUGGUUCAGGGAGGGGAUACACACGCCCUCUGACCUGCAAAGAUCAGGACACAACCUCAACAGAGCACAACGAGCAGGUGUGCAGUAUUAUGAUGACUUAAACCAGCCUGUUAGAAAAGCAGAGGCUGAUGCCAUUGGUCUGAUUGUGGAGAAGGCAGUCAGUGAGGUGCUCCCGGGGGCAAAGAUCACUCUUAUCGGAGGAUUCAGGAGAGGUAAAGAGACAGGUCAUGAUGUGGACUUCCUGAUAACUCACCCAGAAGAGGGCAGAGAGGAGGGGCUCAUGGCUAAGGUGGUCUCCUGGCUGGAAGCACAGGGCUUCCUGUUGUACCAUAAGACCACCAGGAAUUCUUAUCUAGAGAGCAAAGAUGGUCCUGCACGGCCGCCUUCUAAUAUGGACCGCUUUGAAAGAUGUUUCUCCAUCUUUAGACUGAGCACAGAAAACGAAAGGAGAAUAACACAAACAAUUUCAGCCCAAAGCACUCUCCUACACUCACGAACAGAACCGUCUCCUCAGACAAAUGACCAAGCCCGGGAGGAGAGCUCGAUGUUGUCUCAGUGUUCGGGUUCCCGGUCCUGGAUGGCGGUGAGAGUGGACAUGGUGGUAUCUCCCUACAGCCAGUUUGCCUUUGCAUUGCUGGGCUGGACCGGAUCGAAGCUGUUUGAGAGAGAGCUGCGUCGCUGGGCUGUUCAUGAGAGGGCCAUGACUCUGAGCAGUCAUACUCUGUAUGACAGCACAAAGAGACAGUAUCUAAGGGCUAAUUCAGAGGAGGAGAUCUUUGCUCUCCUGGGUCUGGAAUACAUCCCUCCCUGCGGUAGGAAUGCCUGACUGCAUCAUUUGGACUGGAUUACCUUCCUACCUGCAUAUCAUUUUAAAUUCAUAUUUCAUUGAAUCUAUCCUAAAAGAUUACAUGAAUACUCAGGAUUUUGUAGUGUGCCAUAUCUGUAUGUGCAAAUGUAAAUGACUUGUAUUUAAUUAACUGCUACCUCUCGAUAGUGUUACUAUGUUCACAUCACACAUGUUAUAUCUUCUAUCUGGCCUUUUAUUCAUUGGUUCCAUUGGUGCCAGUCGUGAAAUCGUUUUAAAAUACGUGAAGUACUUUGCUUUUUCUGCACUACUUCAAAAAGCACUUAAAUUCUCUGAAUUAAAUUGAUAAAAAUGUGACCUUUAUAAUGUUGCCUUCAAGCUGUGUGUACAUCUGUGCUUUAUAUACGUGUGUGUGUGGGGGGGGGGGGUUGAAAUGGCAGCAGUGGCCUUAUUUGCACAGCAGCUGUACACACAACCAUCUAACUCAGCUUGAAAAACUUGUGGGAUGCAGUUUGAUGUUAGUCCAGAAGAGGGUGGAAGAGUUGGUAUUUAUUCAGUAGCGUAGUAGAAAUGAAUGUAUCAGUUUCCACACAGGAUCUUGCUUCUGUAUUUAACCCAUUUAUAUAUCAGGUGAACCCACAUGGAGUCGUGACCCCUGGUCAAAUGUCAUGGUACUUUUUACUCACAUAAAGUAACACACUGAAGGUGGUGUUAUUGUUAGUUGGUGAAACAUGUUGAAACAGCUCGAAAUAAAAAGUGACAUACUGUA